AUGAAUGUGUUUGGAAUCGAAGUAGACUGUUGCAUGGCAACUCGGAAUCACCCAUUCUUUAUACUAUGCAAUCAGCAAGACGGAGAACAAAUGUUACAGACAAUCCACAACUAUUUCAGAGGGUUUUUCGGAUGCUCUAUUGAGUAUCAUUUAGAAAAUUGUUUCUCGAACUAUAUACCAAGACUGGAGAACAUCAAGAAUAGUAUUCUUCAUUUCCGAAAUGAAGAAGAAGCUGCAGAAUUAUUGGAUGGAUACUUAACUCUCUCACCCUCACAGGAAUAUAUUCAAUUGUAUGCACACGGAAGUUUUGAAUACGAAAAAAAUCUGAAACUGGCGCAGACUAAUGUUCUCAAUGUAUCGAUCUCAGGCAGUGGAGCUGGAGAACUUGUGAAGAAUUUCAGUGGAAGACAACUGUUUAUAAGUGGUGCAAUAAUCACAGAUGAUGAUGUUAUUCAGUUUUUGAACAACUGGAAAUCAAGUCAAACACAACAAAAUUUGGAGUUCUUGAGUAUAUAUCGCGAGAGAGGAAUUGAUCUAAAUCCAGAGAAAAUAAUGAAAAAUGUUGAUAUAAAACAGUUCGAUCCUAAUCAGAAGAUGCCGAUUUAUCGGUAUGACAAAAGAAGCGGAUGGGAUAUUGAAUGGAAAAUAGAAGAAUUCAGUAGUCCAAGCUUUAUAGUACGACACGCUGAUCAACUCGUGGCAUCAUUAAACAUAAAAACUUGGGGAAUCCAAUUUGCUUCAUGGAAAAUGACAGAAGAGGAGGUUAUGAGAGAAAGAAUUCAGAAGACUUUCCAGAAAACUCCAAUCCAAGAAGCAUCCCCUCCCAGAAACUUCAUGAAAAUUUCAAAAUUUUCAUGGCUAAUUCAAAAAGAGAUAUUGUCGAGCAUGGAGUUGGUGGAUCUGUUGAUGGUGGCUUCUUGUUCUCAGAAAUUCCAUCGAAAUAUGAAAUCAUUGAUGAGAAGUCGUUUUGACAAGAUACUCACAUUCACUUAUGAGUCGAGAGUACCGUCUCGCAUUAAUAUCUCAUCAUCGAAUAGUGGAGACGAUCCAUUUAUGAGUCUCAGGGGGAGACAUGAUUUCAAAGGCCGUCCACCUAUCCCAAUGAAUCUAUUAGGAAUGGAUUUACAAGUAAGUAUGCCAACCAGAAAUCACCCACUUAUGAUACUAUCCGAUUUGGAACAUGAGCUAACACUGCUUCCAUCUAUCCACAAUUAUUUCCUCGACUUCUUUGGUUCAUCGAUCAAAUAUCAGUUAAAUGUUUACCUCCUCAUGCCACCAUUUUCAAAACUGAAGAAUAUCUCUAGUACACUUUUAUCGAGUUACAUAGGAGUAGCUGAUUUUCACGACUUCCUUACGAUUUCCCCGAAUCAGGAUUUAAUCGCACCAUCAGAUUUUCGAACCCAUUUGCUUGUAAGCAUUUCGGAAUUUUCUAGGACGAAAGUGUUAGAUAUUGGGACAAUGUCUUGCUGGGCAGAUGACAUUUUAUCCAAUUUCGAAGGUAGACAGUUGUUUAUUAACAAAGGAAUUAUAAGCGAUACAACUAUCAUCCAAUUUCUGAACAAGUGGAGAUUGAAUGAAGGAUAUCAGAAUUUAGAGUAUUUCAGUAUUACUGUCUGUCCAUUUAGACAUCCUCUCAAUCCAAAUCAAAUCAGGGACAGUAUUCCAAUCGACCGAUUGUACUCGUCUGAACAACUGCCAGUUUAUCAAGUUGCUAGAAAAGAUCCCUAUCAAAAACACACUUGGGGAAUUCAUAAGUUCAGCAGUCCAAAUUAUAUUGUUAGAGAGACUGAUCAACACGUGGCAUCCAUUAUGAUUACGGAGGACAAUAUCACUUUUGCCGCGUGGAAUAUGACUGAAAAAAGAGUUUUUGGAGAAACGCCCCAUCAAGAGACUCUAUUGAAUACAACAAAUCUUUAA